GAUGCUUUUAACUCUUUAUUGACUGAUACAGCAUUUGCAAGACUGGUUCUACAAUAGUAAGAGAUGAAACCCUUGAUGAUAUGUUUUGUUUUUAUUGUAAUGGUAGUAGCAUUAGCAAUAGCUACUAAACAAUCACAAUCUGGACAAUGGGGUCAAAAUUCCAAAGGACGUACAAGAACUGGAGGAGAUUUUGGUAAUAGAGACCAAGGAAAGAGAUUAGAUCAGGAUAGAAGACGUGAUUUUGGAAAUAGUGGCAAUAAACAACAACAACAACAACAACAACAACAACGUCGACCUUCUUACGGAGAUCAUAAUUGUGACGGAAGAGACGGCCACGGAGCUGGAUCUCAUGGUAGAGAUGACGGUUACUAUCCGAGAGAAAGCGAAGACAGAAAUCGUGGUAAAGAUGAUUACAGAACAGGCAAUCGCGGUGGCUCUGAUGGCCAUGGAUCAGAAUCCGGCAAUCGCCGAGGAGGAUACGAUCGUCAUGGAUCCGGAGGAUCAAAAUCUGAAGAUUUUGGUGGGUCGAGAUCUGGAGGUUACGAGGGAUCAAGAUCCGGUGGUUACGAAAGAUCAGGUUCAGGAAAUUAUGGAAGAUCAGGAUAUGGAAGUUCUGGAUCAGGAGGAUCUGGACGGUCUAAUAAAGAUUAUGGUCAUUGA